CCCACUUUUUUUAAUUUAGCUGUCAGUUGAUUUUUGUUGUGAAUGGACGUGUCGCUCGUGUUAGUGAUAUUUGCUGAUCCGUAAAAUGUUCCGAAUCAUAAAUGUUUAGUUAAACUAGGAUAAAUUGGGACCAAAAGUGAUUUUAUUGCUUAAUAUUGGUGAAGUGCUAUACAAGGAACAUUGAAUACAUGUGGUGGAUGUGAAAACCCAUAGUUGCUUUUCGCAGAAGUUGUUUCCCGGAAACUUUGUUUUGAAGCGGGUGGAGGGAUGUGGGUGUGGCUGGUGUUGCUGGGGGCGUGCGGGCUGGCGCGGGGCGGCGGGCCCAGCUACUGCUCCACCAACGUCAUCAGCUCGGCCUCCGCGGGCAUGCAGCUCACGAAGGAACCCGUGCCCAACGAGUACGGCUACGAGGACCAGUUCAAGAGCAUACACUGCUGCGGGAAAGGCUAUCGGAGCAUCGAAUGGUUCAAAGACAACGUGGCGUACCCGUGGUCGGCGGGCGUGUCCAACCUGAUCCAGUACCCCGAGGCGGCCAACCAGACGCUGUACACGCAGCGGGCCGCGCGCUCCGACUCCGGCAACUACACGUGCCGCAUCAGCAACGAGACGCACAGCCAGCAGCACACCAUCUACCUGGAGGUGCUGGAGAAAGAGCCGGACAAGCCGCGCACGAUGUUCGUGUCCAAGGACCAGUGGGUGCCGGGCGGCGGCGCCGUCAGGCUCUUCUGCGAAGCUUUAGUCGGUCGCUCAUACCUGGCGGAUGCUCACAGCGACCUGCGCUGGAUCAAGCUCUGGGCCAACAACUCCGAGGGAGACCUGCUGCCCAGCCAGCGCGAGAUCAAGACCACACGGGACGACAUGGCGGGCAUCAUCGGCUCGUACCUGGUGGUGGAGAGCGCGGCGGCGCCGGACUACGGCACGUACGCCUGCGUCGUCACCAGCAACGACGCCGUCUCUAAGACCUACGUCACCGUGCACUACGACAACGGCCUCCAAUCCCCCCUACCCCCGCCCGAGCACGCCAUCCCGUGGCGCGCCUUACUACUCUCCGCCGCUUGCGCCGCGCUGCUCACAGUCUCCGCGUUGGCGCUGCACCGCCGCUGCACGCCGCGCCUGCUGCUCGCCGCCAGGAUAGUGCAUGCCAGGGCUAAUGCGACUACACAGAGGGCUAGAGUGCUGGAGAAAGAGUUCGACGUGGUGGUGUGCUGGACGCGCGUGGACGAGGCGGUGGCGCGCGGCGCGCUGCUGCCCACGCUGGCCGGCAAGUACCACUACCGCGUGCAGCCCGUGCCGCUGCACACGCCGCCCGACACGUGGUACAACACGCUGCUGCCCGAGGUGUCCCGCUGCCGCUCGCUGGUCGCCCUGAUGUCGCCCACGCAGUACUCGCCGGCGCAGCUCAUGACCGCACUGAGGCAGUUGAGAGCGCUGCCGGUGCCGCCCGUUAUUGUGUUGUUACAGGACCUACCGAAGCUAAAACGCGAGGCGAAGGACUCUAGCGGCGAGAGCCUGGUGUCUUUACUCCGCCGCAGCCGCCUGCUGGCGUGGCGGCACGUGCACGAGCGCGCCUUCUGGACCGAGCUGCGGCUGGCACUGCCGCUGCCACCGAGACAUAUUGAAAAGGAAGUGAAAGUAGAGGUGGACGAGUCGAAGAACUCUCGGUCGGGCAGCCUCACGGCGCUCGUGUGAGUCCCUCGCGACUCGACGCAACACAAGAACUGAACUCUGCCGUGUUAUUGUAAACAACACGCGGAAUAGUGUAUAACACUUCGGGGUCAGUGGCCGGCCAGUUCCCGCCACCGCCACGGCAGCACUGUGCUAGUGCGACCCACAUGUAGAUAUCAAGACUGUGAAUAAAGUAGUUCUAAGAUUUUAAUUAUUAUUCUCAUUACGUAUGUAUCACACUAAGUUGUAAUUUUUUUUCUAUUUAUAGCUUGUAAGGCAGGCUUGUUUUGUUCAUGGUUUUCUAAGAUCUCAAUUUUGAUUUUCUUUCUUCUUUUUUUGGAAUCUGGAAUUCUAUUUCUACUCUACCGCUUUACUGUGCCAAAAAUAUGGUUUCAUGACAAAUUAUUGUAAUAAUGUUUCGUGUUCUGAAUAUUGUUAUUGUAUUCACUGAUGAUUUCUUAGCAUGCUAAUGAAGAGAAAAGUGCAUGGGUUUAUUUUGUCAUAUUUUAUGUUUCUGAAUUAUUUCGGUGUAUUUUGCUAAGAAGUAUGUAAGUACAAAGUACUCCACUUUUUAAUUGUGUAAUGAAUGAUUUAAUUUAAAAAACAACUGUCAAUGUUGCUGUUUCUGCAACCGCUUUGUGGCGUCAAUUUCAUUUCCUAAAGAUGUAUGUAAAUGUAUAGGUACUAUUAUUAGUACCUAAUUAUAUAAUUAACAUUGUAUAAACACUCUUGAAUGUAUAUGAUAUCUUUAAAUUAGUUUACUGUACAGUUGGCUCGACAUGCAAGUAGAAAGAUUUGUCAGUGCGAGAUUUUUUCACCUUUUCUAUGACCUGGUGGUGAACUUCAAAAUAUCUACCAGGAAAUGCAAUGUACAGUCAGCUGCAUAAGUAGCUACACACUUUUGUACCUUGUCAAUCUGAAACCGUCUAUCCAUUCAUUGAAACAAUGACGGUUCGUCAGUUUGACAAGGCACAGAAGCGUGUAGCUACUUAUGCGGCUGACCGUACCUACUUGGUUGAGGAUUGUGAUAAAUUGAUAAUAUCAAGAGUGGGUAUUCUGGAAACUGUUCUCAAUAGCCUAUACUUACUUCUAAAUGUAACCAAAAUGUAAAUAUUAUGUGGGAAUAGUUGAUUAGUGACAAAGAAAUUGUAGUUUUUGUAUAAUAAUUAAAAUAAUGAUUCUUAUACUAAUUAAUAAUAAUUAUGAUUACUUUGAUACAUUCCGGCUUUCUUCGUAAAAGUUUUUCUUUCAAUACCUACAUAUUUAUAACAUUUCUAUUAACGCAAAAUGAAUAAAUAGUUUCAAAGUAAUA